UAGACUUUACUCUUUCCCCCUGUCUCUCUCUCUUAUUCAAAUGACGUAAAAGCAAAGCACAGACUUUGCUUCCCCCUAAGAAUUACCAAUCCAAGAAACGCUAAUGAUUCCUCCCAUCCAUCCAUUAAACAAUUCAUCUCCCUAAACCCCAUAUCUCCUUGAUUCUAGUGUUGCGUGUACAUAUACUAUUAUAUGGUAAGAAGAAGGGGAGAAGAAGAAGAGAGCAAACCUGGGAAAGUCAGGGGAGAAUCUGCUGGAGGGUUGGUUGGAUUGCAUCCAUGACAUCUCUGCAGCUCUGGCUUUCUCUAGGAUGACUGAUUCAGCUUACAGAGUAGACACCAUCUCCAGGCUCGCCCAAUGGCGUAUCCUCAACCUCUCUUCCUCCACUUACCGCAAGUCCGAUCCUUUCAAGAUGGGUCUUUGGAACUGGCAUUUGUCUGUGGAGAAAAGCAAGAUGCUAUUAAAUGUUAAGUUGUAUCCAGAAGUAUCCAGCCUUUCCAGAGAAAACCCACCUGUUGCUUCCUUUGUUCUUCGUGUUGUCUCUUCUACUGGUGAGAGGAAAGCUUUUUCUCAUCCAGAAGUAAUAGAUAAGAGGAUCAAGACAAACGAAGAUUUCCUCUGGACAAUUGAAGUUCCCUUGACUGGAAAAAUCAUCAUCGACGUCGAGUUUCUUGACCUCAAGGUUCUGUCUCAAGAUAGUGGGGAGUUUUACUCAAUCUGGGCAGACGGUUCAACGCAGAACCAAUCCGAAGUUACAGCGGUAACAUCCCUUGGACGUAUGUUGACAGAAAGCAUUUACACCGACAUAACAAUCAACGCCUCUGAUGGAAGCAUCGGAGCGCACCGAGCUGUUCUCGCUGCCCGUUCGCCUGUUUUCCGCAGCAUGUUUCUGCAUGACCUGAAAGAGAAAGAACUCUCAGCCAUAAACAUACCUGACAUGCCGCUCGAAGCUUGCCGAGCGUUCCUAAGUUAUAUCUACGGAAACAUCCAGAACGAAGACUUUCUAACGCACAGGUUGGCGCUUCUCCAAGCAGCUGAUAAAUAUGAUAUUGCUGAUCUGAAAGACGCGUGCCACAAGAGUCUUGUAGAGGAUAUAGACACGAAGAAUGUGCUCGAGAGGCUGCAGAACGCUUAUCUCUAUCAGUUGCCUGAACUGAAGGCUAGCUGCAUGAGGUAUCUUGUGAAGUUUGGGAAGAUAUUUGAGAUCCGUGAGGAGUUCAACGUAUUCAUGCAGUGCGCAGACAGAGAUUUGAUAUCUGAAGUCUUCCACGAAGUCCUCACUACAUGGAAAGGGUUUUAGUGUGUGGUAUUGUUAUACAAAAACAUUCAUUUAUGGACUGCUCUAUUUGUUUUUGGUGCAGAAGAAUGGAUUUGUUGGGUCUUUUAUGUACAGAUUACAAAGAUUUGUUUUUAAACUCAAAACCCCCCAAACAAGUA